GCCGCCUAUUCCCAAUAAAAAUCAAAACUGUGUCGAAGUGGAAUUAUACACGUAAACAAGGAUAAUGAGCGAGUAGGUGGGGCCGUGUUGAAGACGCCCCUCUAGUUUUUUUCUCGACGUCUGGGCGGCGCGAAGAGAACGCCUCGCGUCCCACGCGCUCAACGCACCGACAUGCGCGCCCGAACGCGCUCUCUACACGAGCCGACGGCAUCGCGCCGACGGAUCGCCCACUAACACGUAAACAAAAACGGCGGAAAUGCAAAAAACCUUGCGCGGCAUACGGCCAUAUAUUCCAUAAUUCAACACGGAAAACUAUCCCUCAUUCCCUUCUUCACAAAGGACACGAUUAAAAAAGUAUUUAUCUACACCCAUUAUUAAACACAUUUUUUGCAACCAAUUGGAUGUGUUUACGGUGUUCCAAAUUCAAAGUGCGUAGUGUCGAAAUUUGAAAGUUGAUAUUAAAGUGAUAAGUUAAAAUGAGCCCGCGCAAAGAUAAAUUAGUGUUGCCAACAUGAAAAAGCAAGUUUUUGUUGCGGAAUACAGAAUGCCAAAGACAUUUCAUGCAUCCUUAAUUUUCUCACUGUUUCUUUUGUUCACUAUGGCAAGCUCAAGAGACAACAUGCUGCCAAGCCAUUUACAACUGAACUCGGCUCUUACCUGCCGCCUGGUCGGAGGACUGACCAGGGACCAGAGAGCUAUCUGCUACGACUCUCCCGACGCUGCUGCUAUAGCUUUCGAGGGUCUACAGUUAGCGGUCAAGGAGUGCCAGCACCAAUUUAGGUGGCAUCGAUGGAACUGUUCAAGCCUGAACGUGAAAAGCAGUAAUCCUCAUGCUAGCGCCAUUAUGAGGCGAGGUUUCCGAGAGACGUCAUUCCUAUACGCGCUGACAGCGGCUGGAGUGGCUCAUACUGUGGCCCGCGCUUGCGCACAGGGCCGGCUGUUGUCCUGUGGGUGUGACCCUCUCGGAUACCGCGCUUCGCACGACCCUCGUGGCCGAGCGCGCGUCAACAAAUGGGAGUGGAGCGGCUGUUCUCAUAAUCUAGCAUUUGGGAUAGAGUUUUCGAAGAAGUUUCUCGAUGUCAGAGAACAAGUGGACGAUCUGCAGUCAAAGAUAAAUGUCCAUAACAAUAAUGCUGGAAGAUCGAUCCUGUCUUCGCAAAUGGAGGUGAGAUGCAAAUGCCACGGGUUGUCUGGCAGCUGCCAGCUCCGCACGUGCUGGCGGGCCACGCCUGACUUCAGGGUCGUCGCCUCCACCAUCAAGAGACAGUAUAGGAAGGCGCUAAUAGUCGCACAAGAGGAACUGAACAACGGGCUGUCAACGUUGCGAGGGCGGCCGCGAGGUCGGAGGAAGAGUCGCGCUCGUCCCGCGCCCAAAACCAGUCUGCUGUUCUUCGAAAAGUCCCCAAGCUUCUGCGAAGCCGACCCUAAGACUGACUCCGCGGGAACAUCAGGUCGCGUAUGCCGCAUCGGAAGGACCUCCAGGACUGGCUCGUGCGACCUCCUCUGCUGCGGACGAGGCCACGCUCUCAUCAGGAAGUCCAGCAUCAAGCCCUGCAACUGCACCUUCCAUUGGUGCUGCAGGGUCGACUGCCAGCGAUGUAAAGACGAUAAAUGGGUGGCUAUUUGUAAAUGAAAAACAUUCCGCAAAUGAGAAAAGAUUUUUAGGAUCUUUAACUUUACCAAUAUUUCGAAGACUCUAACUAUUUUCUUGUAGUUAUUUCUAAUAAAUAUCCGAAGACUACAAUCUGAUCCGAUAAAAGGUUGAUUCAUAAAUGUUCAACUACCCACUUAAGCGUUAUUCAACAGUUAAUGUAUUGGACAGCUAAUGUAGAUAUUUAAUUACCACUGAUUUGGGAACUUGGCUGUAAAUGUGGCUUGUAUUUAGUUGUCAUAUAUUAUUGUAUGUGAUGAGUAACCUUUAUUCAAACAUUUUGAAAUAGCCGUAAAAUUAUACCAACCAGAAUGAAAUUGCUUACGAGUAUGUUAAGAGUUGUUGAAGUCACAUACUCAGGUAUAAAGAUUGAACUUCACUGCGAAUUCAUUGGUAUUAUCUAAACACUGUAAUAAAAUCGUAGAUCUUGCUGGUACGUAUUUUAAAUGUUUUCGUAAAAAAAUAUCUGGAAGCCACGUAACAGAAAUCUUUAAAUAAAUUGAGAAUUUAACUUAUUAAAUUCAAUAAUACAGUACAUUUUUAAAAAUACAAAGUGGAACAAAACUUAUGUAGAUUGCAUUAUAAAUGUUUAGCCGCAAUAGCCCCGCUUAGCAGAAUUGACGGUCUUCAAAAUAAGAUUAUAUAAUUCUCAAUGCCUCUGAUCAGUUCAUAAAAGACGGUAUAUAAAUAUCGAUUUAAAAGACAUAUCUUUUUACGUAAUAAAGACAUAAUAUAAGUCGGUUGAUAUAUUACUUUAUUGCAUAUGAAGCAUUCUCUCACUCAACAUUCCAUAAUAUUAGUAUAAGUAUACAUUUUUGUACAGCAUAGAUUCCGAAAUAAUUAGAACGAAGCGAUGCCAAUGUUUAUAAGUAAUACAUAAAUGUAAAUAAAAUGUAACUCUAUUUUAAUCUCAAUAACAAUCAGUAUUAAUGUAAGACAAAAAAUAUUUAGUUAUACGUGCAUAUAUUUUUCAUCACGAAUAAAUUUAAACUUUACAACGAGUAAAAUGAAAUUGUAAUCAUUAAUUCGGCCCUGGGGUUAUACCUAAUAAAUUUAACAUAGCUUUAGUCAUGUAAUAAGGCACAUUCCGAAUACCCUAUUUUUGUUGUGAUAUUAUACAAUUAUUAUAUAAAAGCAAAAUAUUUUUUUCUGUAUAAUCAAUUAUCGUAAAUUUUUAUUUCAUUUUAUCACAAUAACCAUCAUUUAGGCGCAGCGCAGACGCCCUAAACUCAUUGCAUAAAAUACUACACUACUAUGAGACUGACAAUUCUUUCAUGAACUGCCAGAGUCAUAGUAUGGUUCUGGUAAAAAAUUAACAGCGUGUGCGCGUUGCCUUAGACAUAAAUUGUAGCCUCUCGUGUACAUUAAACACGCAACUUUGCAUUCCGUAACCGUGAUAUUGACGUAAUUUCAUUACCUUAUUUAUUGUAGAUAUUAAGUUUUAUUAAGUAAAUUAUACAAUCA